AUGAGGUGGGCCGGCCAGCCUCCGGAGGCCGCUCUCUGUAUGAAUAUUUCAGGGGACGUCGUGAUAAAAGGUUUCCCGGCACAAGCAGGAGACAACAAAAACGCAUUCUACGCGGAGCAGAGUGGAACACGGAGCAGGAUGGAAGACGCCUCCACCACAGGAAGUGUGCAGAGCACUCAGAGCCUGGGAGCGGGCCAGAACCAGAUGGUCUUGGAGCGCGGAGAAUCUGGAAUCAUCCCCAUACAAGAUAACCCCUUCCUUCCCGGAGAGAGCCGAGCUGGAGAGACACGGGCUAGGCCAUCCUGCCCCGGGUCAGGUGACGAGGGGGACGUCUCAUCACACGGCGCUCACAAGAAGAAACAUAAGAAACACAAGAAACAUAAGAAGAAACAUCACCAGGAAGUGGGCGGAACCUUCCCGCAACUCCGCCCUGCUGACUCCACCCACAAAACCCACCACAAGCCACAACUGAAACUGAAGAUUAAACUCGGAGGACAAGUCCUGGGGACCAAAAAUGUCCCCACAUUCACGGUGGUUCCGGAGGUGCCGCAGUCCCCGCUGAUGGUGGUGGAUGAUGAUGAUGAGCCGCUGGAAGGAGUCCCCAUCGAGCAGUACCGGGCCUGGCUGGAUGAGGACAGUAAUCUGGACCCCAUGCCCUCUAUGGUCGGGCCCCGGGAGACGGAGCAGGAUGAGGAGAGCCGCUGGUUGGACGCGCUGGAGAGAGGAGAGUUGGAUGUGAACGGAGACCUGAAGCGGGAGAUCGAUGAGACCCUGCUGACCGCCCGCCAG